AGGACCUAGGGAGAUUAUGAUGGAAAGUCCUACAGAACCAGAUGUCAAAAUUAAAAAGCCUCGAGAUAAAUACACUGAAGAUGAUUUGCUCAUUGUUGAAGAAGAUGAUCGUGCUCUUUCCUACUUAACUAUGGGUUUAGGUCCUGAUAUUGCUAUUGGCUUUCGCUCCUGCAAAUCUGCCAAAGAAUUGUGGGAUUCUCUGAUUGAAGUGUAUGAAGGAAACGAAGACAUGAAAGAGAGCCGAAGAAACUUGCUGCAACAAAACUUCAACAAUUUCAACCAUAUUUAUGGUGAAACAAUAGAUAAUCAGAUUCAGAGAUUCGUGAAGCUAGUCACUCAAAUGCAAAUGGAAGAGAUUCAUACAACUAAUGCAUCCUCCAAUCGACAACUUCUCAAUGCACUGCCUAAGAGUUGGGAUCAUCAUGUUGCAAUGAUCAAGAAGACAAAAGACUUAGCUAGAUGUACUCUGUCUGAGAUGAUCUCUCACAUCAAGGCAUGCGAACUGGAUGAUAAGCAAAGAGAAACGAAUUACAAGAACAGUAUGCUAGCUGCCGGUUUCUCCAUUGCUCCCGCCUCUUCCAACAACAACAACACAGCCUUACUGUCUCAAGGAGGUUUUCAGAUGUUUCGCAAUAAUUCAUCCGCUUCUCAAAUUUCAGCAAAGGGGCACUCACCUGGAUCCUCAAAUCAAGUUGUUUCCUCAGCGUCUACUGUUACUUCUCCUUCAAUUCAAAAUGCUGGAAAUGUCUCUACCGUCGCUCCUACUUCUGCCUUCGCUGCAAACAACGAAAUGAUAGCCUUCUUCGCCAGUCAAUCAAAAGAAAAACUGGAAAUAGCAGCUUCAGUGAUCAACUGUUUGAAUGCUUUCAUUGCAGGAAAGCUUGAUCCACCAAAGUGGAGUCCUAAUGAUCUGUCUCAGAUUCAUCCAGAUGAUGUUGAAGAAAUGGAUAUCACUUGGCAGAUGGCAAUGGCUGCCUUCAGAGCUCAAAAGUUUGUGAGAAAAACAGGUAAAAACAGGUGGGGAAAUGCAUGGAAUGGAGCUGCUAAAGUGCCCUUUAAUCUUCGUUGUUUCAACUGUCAUGAGGAAGGACACUAUGCUCGUAACUGCCCAAAGCCACUUGUAAACAGAGAUCAAGCUUCUGCAGAAUUAGCGCAACCAGCAACACCUGGUCAACCUGCAACUCCUAAUCGAGAAAGGGCUCUUGUGACCACUACCAGUAUAGCAGAUGCUGAAGCUUCUGGAAGUCCACAGCCGCAAGGAUUAGCACAAGCACUGGUGGUACAGCCCAACAUUCACUUUGAUUGGUCUUCAGAAAUUGAGCGUUUGAACAUAUCAGCUCCAGAAAAUCAAACUGCUACAUCCAACAUUGCUUUCAUGACCUCAAGCGAACAUAGCUCUAAGCCAGAGGAAGAGACUGCAGCUGAUGAUUUUGCAUUCAUGACUCAAAUCCUGUCAGCACCUGUCAAAGGUCUCACGAAAGAAGAGAUGAUAGCUCUGAAGUAAAAUGUGGUGAUGUUCAUGGGAGUGAACCAGUCGUUAUUGCAAAUGUGUCUGAACCUUAUUUUGAACAUUAUUCUGAACCUACUGAGUCUGA